AUGAUUGAAGACGAGAAAAAGGACGCCGCGCUUGUCGGUGAGCGCAUUCACUGGAACGAUGACGACGAAGCUGGUCGCGUUUCGCGUCAUGGUGAGCGACGCUCUCGUAGACGCUCCCGCUCUCGCUCGAGGGACUCGUUGAGCAUUCAUCGAGCGGGCUCGAGAAAUCGCGCUGAUCCGUCGCUUGUUCUACCUGUCACCUAUCGCACAGUCUCCUUCAACAUCGAGGAGUCCAAGGGCAAGGAACAAGCUGAACUAGCCAAGGCGAAGGACGUCACUACAAAAGCUUUGACGGACCUCGAGUGGCAUACCAUCGCGCCCUUCGACGUUGAGAAACGCCUCACUACUUCAUCCACCACUGGCCUAUCGACCGAACAAGCUGAGAGGAGACAGCGCGAAUAUGGCAGAAAUGCACCAUCUCCCGCCAAGACGCACUGGUUCAGAACCAUCUUUCUCUACUUCUUUGGUGGUUUUGGAAGUAUUCUUCUCACUGGCUGCAUCCUCGUCUUUGUAUCGUGGAAGCCAUUGGGUGAUCCUCCUGCUGUUGCCAACCUCGCCCUCGCUAUUGUACUCCUCGCCGUGUUCUUCAUCCAAGCCCUUUUCAACAUGUUUCAAGACUGGUCUACAUCACGCACCAUGUCUUCCAUCAAGAAUAUGCUUCCCGAAGAGGGUCAUGUUAUUCGCGAUGGUAAUCUCGUCGACCUCAACGCUGCAGAUAUCGUUCCAGGCGAUGUCAUCAAAGUCAAGGCGGGGAACAAGCUACCCGCUGAUAUUCGCUUGAUCGAGGCGUCUUCCGACGUCAAGUUUGAUCGUUCUGUUCUCACAGGAGAGUCAAAGCCUGUGGCGGGUACUGUCGACCAUACUGAUACUAAUUACCUUGAGACGCAUAAUAUUGGCUUGCAAGGUACACACUGUAUCCUUGGUUCGUGCACUGGUAUUGUCGUUGCUACUGGUGAUAGAACUGUGUUUGGACGUAUCGCGAGUUUGACGAACGAGCCUAAGGUACAGAUGACGACGCUUGAGAAGGAGGUACUGUACUUUGUCAUCAUCAUUGCCAGUAUCAUGAUAAGUAUGAUCGCUGUUGUCUGCAUCAUUUGGGGCGCAUUCCUGAAAAAGAAACACCCCGACUUCAUCAACGUACCGACACUCAUCGUCAACUGCGUCAGCGUCGCCAUCGCAUUCAUCCCGGAAGGUCUUCCCAUCUCCAUCACCGCUGGUCUCACCAUCACCGCCAACCUCAUGAAGAAGAACAAGAUCCUCUGCAAGUCCCUCAAGACCGUGGAGACACUUGGAUCCGUUUCUGUAGUCUGCUCUGACAAGACCGGUACUCUCACCACAGCCAAGAUGACUGUCUCUGACUGCGCAGUCGGAGGACUCAACAUGACUGUCGAGAAUGCUCGUGGCAAGUUUGGCCAGUCUAAAUCUUCUACCCAUCCGAUCAUCCAACUUCGUGCUCUAGCUGCCCUCUGCAAUGCAUCUGAGUUUGAUGCCGCUACAAAGGACGCUCCACUGGCAGACAGAAGGAUCUUUGGUGAUGCGACUGAUCAAGCUGUCCUCCGAUUCGCCGAGUUCGUUGAUCCCAGCAGUGUCGAUUACCUGCGUGCUUGCUGGAACAAGAUCUACGAUCUGGCUUUCAACAGUAAGAACAAGUUCAUGAUUCGUUGCUUUUCCUGCACCAGGACCGAGGCUGUAGCUCUCACGCUUAGCAAGGAGACUGCUUUCAACACAGACGAUAUUCUCUUGACCAUCAAGGGGGCUCCUGAUGUUCUUAUCGGUCGCUGCUCUCACUAUGUCUCUGAACAUGGCGAGACUAUCCCUCUCAAUUCUGCUAUGCGGGCUACGGUGGAGCAGCUGAAGAACACAUACUCUUCACAAGGUAAACGAUGCUUGUUGCUUGCUCGCAAGACCGUCAAGGGCAGCGACCUUCCUAAGAACCGGCACACGAGCGAGUUUGAGCAUGCAGUCACUCGGGAGUCAAACACAGGCCUCACCUUGGUUGGAAUGGUCGCCAUCGUCGAUCCAUUGAGACAUGACAUUCCUCAUGUUGUGAGCACGUUGCGCGGUGCUGGCAUCCGAAUCGCCAUGGUCACUGGUGAUUUUGCCCUCACUGCCCUAGCGAUUGCCCGCGAAGCCGGUAUCGUCACCUCCCAAACCGUCGAUGAUAGCACAGCCCUCCAGCGUUACAGCCCCGAGGACACCAAAGAUUCACCUGUCUCCCACCUUGGUGCCAUCGUCCUCAGCGGCCCGGAACUCAUGUCUCUUAACGAGCAUCAGUGGAAGACGCUUACUCACUACGAGGAGAUUGUGUUUGCGAGAACAACACCGGAGCAAAAACUCCGCAUCGUUCGUGAGUUUCAGAAGGGAAAUGUUGUAGCCAUGACGGGUGAUGGAGUCAAUGAUGCUCCGUCGCUUAGAGCUGCUGAUGUUGGUAUCUCGAUGGGUAGUGGCUCGGAUAUUGCCAUGGAGGCUGCUGAUAUGGUGUUGUUGGAUACUUUCUCUUCUAUCAUCAUCGCUGUGCAGUAUGGCCGUGUUGUGUUUGACAAUCUGAAGAAGGUCAUUUCCUACCUCCUACCUGCCGGCUCUUUCUCCGAGUUCUGGCCCGUCAUGGCCUUUGUCGCCUUUGGCUUACCCCAAGCUCUGUCCUCAUUCCUGAUGAUCAUCAUCUGCUGCUUCACCGAUUGCGCCGCCGCGACAAUGCUAUCCUACGAAAAGCCCGAAGCCGACGUCCUUACCCGUCCCCCACGCAACAUCAAGAAGGACCGUCUCGUCAACUGGCAGCUCAUCCUCCAAGCCUACGGAGUCAACGGCGUCCUCCAAACAGUUGCCUCCUUCGCCAUGGCAUUCUGGUAUCUCCAGCGUCAAGGCAUUCCCUUCAGCGAGCUCUGGUUCAGCUUUGGAAAGCUCCCUGCUGGUAUCGAUCCAGACUACUACCUCGCCAAGACAAAUGAGGCAUCGUCUAUCUACUUUGUCAACCUUGUUGUGAUGCAGUGGUUCAAUCUGAUGGCGACUAGAACCCGUCGGCUCAGCAUCUUUCAGCAUCCUCCUCUGUUCAACCCGAACACGCAGAACUGGUACCUGUUCCCUGCUAUCAUCUUUUCGCUUGCUAUGGCUAUCUUCUGGCUGUACAUCCCUCCUCUGCAGCCCGUUUUGGGAACUACUCCUGUACCAGUUGAGCACUGGUUUCUUCCCUUUGCCUUUGGUAUUUUUCAGCUUUUGUUAGAUGAGGCUCGCAAGUUUGGUGUUAGAAGAUGGCCUCAUGGAAUAUUAGCUAAGUUGGCUUGGUAA